AUGGAGAAAAUCGUCGAAUCUCGAAAGUCAAAGCACAAAGUUCUCGAAAACAGGGUACGUGCCAUGCACAAGAAAUCGGAAAAGAUGCCUACAGUCGCCAUUACCGACCUCGAACCGAGUGAGAUUCCCCAUCACUUUAACCUCACUCACUGUCUGCCCACCGAGUUUGAAUUUUCUCCUCGCAAGACUGAAAAGCUUUCUCUCCCUCCUCACCUGAAUUCUACCCUCGUAGACUAUGGCAUGGCAACCAGUGGCUCACCAAUAAACGAGACCUUGAUACGAUCUCGUAUUAGUGUGAUUAUCCUGACAACUCUGGCUAAGAUGAAGCGUGAGCUUCCUGCAAAGCCCCGUACACCCGUUGUCUCCUCCACGUCACCCAAGUUUGUUCACCUGAAAUUUGAUCGCGAGAUAGAAUUCAUUUGGAAAAGCGAUAAUCGACGGGUGAGACUCUCCGGUAUCGUUGACUACUCGCUUUGGUAUGGCAUGCCUGAUGACUAUUCCACUAAUAUGACCACGAUCGAGGCGAGCCAGCCAGACUUGAUCAAGCGUGGCGUAUUUAAAUGUCUCGCCUACAUGGCGAUGGUCCAUGAAACGAGGAAGCGGGCUAAGGUUAUAGACACGUCAGUGUAUGGAAUUGCAACAGACAGUUUCGAGUGGGUGUUCAUCCGGAUUCGUCCAAAUGGCGAGUGGACCGCGAAGGCCUACCACUGGGUGCACAAUGCGCAAGAGAUUGUCUCGAUGCUGGCAAAUAUUUUCGCCCAUGCUGCGACUAGCCACAAAUGGUGGAACCUUGGGGUUGAAGCGGAGUUCUCAACUUCGUUAGAGCAGCCCAAGUUAAAGCCAAAGUCAAUGCGAGAUAUGAGGCACAGCAUCUAG